CUCCUUGGUUUCAUUCAUGGUAAUAAAAGAGCAAUUUCUACAUCGAAAAUUAAAAAAAUAAUAGCAAUUAAAAAAAAUCGUAAUGAAAAAGGUAAUCGUGAGGAAUUUAUUGGAUCAAACCCACAUUCAAAUGGAGAACAUUUUUCUCGAUCUAAUAAAGUUUUUUUUGAUAAUAAAGUGGCUAAUAUUAUUACUACAAUUGUAAUAAUAAAAAUAAUUAAUGUUAUUGUUGAUAGUAUUAAUAUUAUUUAUACUAAAAUUGUUUAG